GAUGCCAACAAGAAUAGAAAUGGUUUCGAUGUUUUUGAUAUGAAGAAGGUUUUGUAUUUUAUAGAAUUUUAUCAAGCUAAUCACAUCUUGUUCCUUUUUAACAUAACAAAGGAAAACCAGCCGAUUGAAGAUCCUGAUACUCUAUACAAGGAGGUGUUAGAAUAUGCUGAAAUUUUUGGACCAGUAUGCACACUUAAUCUUAAAAUUGACAAGAACCAAAAGCCUUAUUAUAUUUUAAAGUACUUCUCACAUGAGAGCUGUGAUGAUGCAAUUUCUAAUUUGGCAGUGGCUCUCAACAGUUCUGGUAUCCGCUGCAACUUAAAACCUAUCAAAAGUGGUAAUGGAAUCCACAACAAUUCUCCCCUUCUACUUCACCAGUGCAGCAACUUACUGAAUAACUUUGUGGGAUUUUCAAACUGGUCUCUUGUUGUAGCUGGAAGGGAUGUUGUUGUAACUCCUGAUAUCACUGUUUCUAUUUCAGUUGAGAUAAACAUCCCUCAAUUUGACAUCACUGCCACUGGCUUUGGAAAAUACAGCUGUGGAGAAGCUCAGUUAUCCUUAAAAUCGAAAGGAACGAAACUGUCAGUUGCCAAUAAGAUGGCAUAUGCUCGCGCAUGUUCAGAUGCAUUCUCAACUCUUGCAGUUGUUAUAUUACCCUCUGGGAAGUGUUACGUCGCUCAUAUUGAUACCACUGAAAAUAUACAUCUGGACUUCGAGGUUAACGAGGUUGACGAAACAGCAGAUUUAGAUAUGUCGGAAAUGCUUGACCUAUUACUUUCACAGCCCGGGGAUGAUUGAAUUACUGGUAUAUACUGUAUAUAUUGUACGGACAACGGUAAGUUGUCUGAGUUAGCAACCCCCUAGUUUGUUGGGCAACUGCUCUCUCAAUCAUCAAAAAUACCGGGCUAGAACUCCCUCCACCCCCCUCCACCCCCCUCCACCCCCUCUUACCUUCACACUCGAAAUGUGCCCAAAUUAACAUUGCUCAGAAUACGCACCAUUUAGUAGCUGGAUGGGUCGUACGAUAAUUUUCUCAGCUCGCUACUGAAUAUGUACCUGGUCAACGUAAUAUUAACUAUAUAUUUUCUUCGCUGAAUAAUGUGAAUAUUAAUAUCUAACUCUGACAUUUACACUGAGUUAUAAUCUGUAUUCGAAUAUUAAGUCUUUUCACAGAAUCGUUAUUGACACUUAACAUAUUUUUUCUUUGGAUUAUUUUGAAGUUCGUAAUUUGAAUAAAUUUUGUACGGUGAACUUUCCUCUAGUUUUUUGUAGAUUGUUGUUGUUAAUAGCGUAGAUCGUGAUGAUGAAAUGUAAUUAAGUUGUAUUAAGUAAUUAAGUUGUAUCAAAUACCCUAAUAUAAUGUUUUUCUGUAAUCGUGAUUUUCAUGGCGAGUUU